AUGGAACUAUCGUUUCCCCAGUCAAAACCCUCCUUGAGCAUGAGACCGCUUCUCAGCCCAAACACUUCCAACACCUCGCUCAACCUGCUAUUUUCCAGAAUCGAAAACUCCCCCUUCACAACCACAUCGUACACCUCCACCACAACGCCGGCAACUUCUCCCGUUUACGAGGUGCCCCGUGCGGACGAGGUGUCGCUGCUUCUCAAUAAAAGAAUCAAUCUGAAAACGUUGGUGAUGCUUGUUGGGUUGCCUGCCUCAGGCAAGUCCACAGUUUGCAAGCAGCUCUCGAAUUUCUUGCAGAGUCACGAUUACAAGUGUCAGGUCUACAACGCUGGAAACGUCAGGAGGCUGCUACGCCGGACUUUUUCCGAUGCUGACUUCUUUAACCCAAACAACGCUGCUGCUCAAGAACAAAGAGAGCAGUUUGCAGCCAUCGCCAUGGAGCAGAUGCUUGAUGAUUUCAGAACAAACAGAAUCAACGUCGGUUUUUUGGACGCAACAAACACCACAAGAAAGCGUAGGGACAAGAUGCUUGAUAUUGUGAGACACUGCGAUGUGUCUUUUUCAAACGUGAUCAUCUUGGACAUCUCGUGCACUGACGAGCGUCUUUUGGCGUUUAACGUGAAUGGCAAAACAACCAACGGCGACUAUACAGGGCGUACUGUUGCCGAGGCCAUUGCCGACUUCAAGCAGAGGUCGUCUCAUUACUACAAGGUGUACGAGGCGAUUACUCCAGAGGAGUUGGAACGGGCCAAUGACGUUGUCUCUACAUAUAUAAGCAUUCAGAACGCUAAGAACUUCAGAAGCUACAGCAUCAUUUCUGAAAAACAGCGUGAUGAGGUGGAAGAUUUGUUUGUCACAUUUGCAGCUAAUUACUACAAGAUGCAUGGAGAGAGGUAUUACUCCGCCGUGGAUACGUUCCACAAACUCACACAACAACUGAUAUAA